AUGAAGCUCGUUGCCAUCGCGUUGAGCCUGGUGUUGAGUAGCUUAGCUGCAGCGCAACACAUAGCACAAGAUACUGGUGUACGUGGCCCACCGAUAGAGAUUACUCACUUGUUCUACGAUCAGAUGCCUACAAAUGUGGCAGCCGCUGAGCUGACCACGAACACUACUGAAACCCCAUACCCAAAUGCUGAAAUCAACAGUCCUCCUGGAGGUGCCAUCAACUACACCGUAUGUCCUCCAAUGGGAGCAAACUACCAGAACUACUUCCUUGGCGUCCAAUCUGUUGCCAUCGACCCUCUUGAACGUCUGUGGAUUCUUGAUACUGGUCGAGCACUCACACCAAACGGUACACUAGUGCCGGCAAGCUACGGCGGUGCGAAACUUGUUGCAGUCGACCUCGCAACAAACACCAUCAACCAGACCAUCGUCCUCCCUUCCACAGCUGCAUACCCAAACAGUUACAUCAACGACGUCCGCAUCGACCUUCGUCCCAACGUCACAGUAUCCGGCCAAGGCGUCGCCUACGUCACAGACUCAAGCCAACAAGGCCAAAACGGCCUCAUAAUCGUCGACCUCGGCACCAAAGAAGCCUGGCGUCACCUAGACUUCACUCCCUUUGUCCGCGCACAAAAAUAA